UCAUGGCCCCGGAUAGUGCGCCGCAGCCAAUCACAAAGCGGCUUCGCGUGCACACUUACUUGGAAGACAGGCCUGGGGCCAUGGACGGGACGGGUUGUGCCUUCGUUCGGAUCUCAAUUUUUUAGCUGUUUACUUUCGACACCGGCCCAUACGGAGCUGCUCGCUCGGGCGCAGUCAUGGGGGAAGUCGAGGGAUCCUACCGAGUCCUGCAGACCCCGGGCACGAGACUGGGCGCCCAGUUCAAUGCGGGCAUCAGCACAUUGGAGCCGGGCCAGAGCCUCAGCACCAACGUGGUGGUGGUCGGCAGCGGCGGUGGCGGCGUCCCUGGCCCCAAGGGUCCUGGUCGGGGGCUGCAGGUCCGCGUGCAGGGUCUGGAUGAGUCCCAGGAGUUCUUCGAUUUAGACCCAAGAUCUCUCGGGCAGGAUCUCCUCUCUGAGGUGUUUCUGCGAGGGAACCUCAUCGAGAACGAUUACUUCGGGCUGGAGUUUCAGAACAUGCAGAUGAAUUGGCUUUGGCUGGAGCCCACUAAACUUAUCGUGAAGCAAGUCAGAAGACCAGCAAAUUCUCUGUUUAGGUUGGCUGUGAAGUUCUUCCCCCCAGACCCUGGUCAACUGCAAGAGGAGUUCACCAGGUACUUGUUCUCCUUGCAGAUGAAAAGGGAUCUGAUGGAGGGACGCUUGAUCUGCACAGAAAACACCGGAGCGCUCCUCGCCUCGCACCUCGUCCAGUCUGAGAUCGGCGACUACGACGCAGCUGCUGAUCGAGACUUCCUGAUGAACAACAAGCUGCUGCCCUAUCAAGAGAAAGUGCUGGAGGUCAUCAUGGACUUCCACCGCAGACACCUUGGGCAGACCCCCGCCGAAUCAGACUUCCAAAUCUUAGAGAUUGCCCGCAAGCUGGAGAUGUACGGCGUGCGCUUCCACCCGGCGGCCGACCGGGAGGGCACCAAGAUAAACCUGGCCGUCGCUCACAUGGGCCUUCAGGUCUUUCAGGGCCAAACCAAAAUAAACACAUUCAACUGGUCCAAGAUUCGCAAGCUGAGCUUCAAGAGGAAACGCUUCCUGAUCAAACUCCACCCGGAAGUCCAUGGCCCCCAUCAGGAUACGCUUGAGUUCAUGAUGGGAAGCAGGGACCAGUGCAAGGUCUUCUGGAAGAUCUGCGUGGAGUAUCACUCCUUUUUCCGUCUCUUCGACCAACCUCAGCCAAAACCCAAGACCUUACUUUUCACCAGAGGUUCAUCUUUCCGAUACAGUGGGCGGACACAGAAGCAGCUCGUUGAGUACGUGAGGGAAAAUGGAGCAAAGAGAACGCCAUACCAGAGGAGGAACAGUAAAAUUCAAACGUCCUCUCGCUCCCUCUCGAUGGAUGUGCCAAAACAGAGCUUGUCGUUCAACGAGCAUCUCCGGACGCCGUGCUCCCCUCCGUCGUCCUCCGUGUCCUUCCACUCGCCGCACAUCUCCAUUGUCAGCCCACGAAAAGACCACCCGGCUCACAAUCAGCAGCGGCCACCUUCACCCGGCGUGUCGCCCUCGCCGGCGUCCCCCCACCACCACCACCACCAGCAGCAGCCUCGUAUCCCCCCGAAGGAAGAAGCCAUGAACGGCACCAAUCCCCCGUCUCACUACGCUUUCCCAGAUGUGGCACCGGACAGCCCCCAGCGGUCCCCCUUUGACGCCGCUGGCCCCUUCUGCCUGUCGCCCUCCUUCCAGAUGUCCACGCUCAGUCUGCCGGGCCAGGCCGCCGCCGCCGCCGCCGCCUCGCCCCUGCAAAGCCCCGUCCUGAGCGAGGUGGGCAGCAAUGCCAGACUGGAGGAGGAGGAGGAGGGCAGGAGGAAGAGGUAUCCCGCUGACAAGGCCUACUUCAUUGCCAAAGAGAUUUUGACCACCGAGAGAACCUACCUGAAGGACUUGGAAGUCAUCACUGUGUGGUUCCGGAGUGCAGUGAUCAAGGAGAACGCCAUGCCUGACGGUCUGAUGACGCUGCUCUUCUCCAACAUUGACCCGAUCUACGAGUUCCACCGCGGAUUCCUCAAGGAGCUGGACCAGCGACUGGCUCUCUGGGAGGGCCGCUCCAACGCUCACGCCAAAGGCGACUACCAAAUGAUCGGCGAUGUGAUGCUGAAAAAUAUGUCUGCUCUCAAGGGCUUCACCGGCUACCUCCAGAAGCACGACGAGGUCUUGACGGAGCUGGAGAAGGCCAGUAAGCGCCUGAAGAAGCUGGAGACGGUCUACAAGGAGUUUGAGUUGCAGAAGGUGUGCUACCUGCCGCUCAACACCUUCCUGCUCAAGCCCAUCCAGCGCCUCAUGCACUACAAGCUCAUCCUGGAGCGCCUGUGCAAGCACUACGGGCCUGCCCACCGCCACCACACCGACUGCAAAGAGGCUCUCAAGGAGGUGGCGGAGAUCGCGGCGCAGCUUCAGAGCAGCCUCAUCCGACUGGAAAACUUCCAGAAGCUCACCGAGCUGCAGCGAGACCUCAUCGGGAUCGACAACUUGACGGCGCCGGGCAGGGAGUUCAUACGGGAGGGCUGCCUGUACAAGCUGACCAAGAAGGGGCUGCAGCAAAGAAUGUUCUUCCUGUUUUCAGACAUGCUCCUGUACACCAGCAAAGGCGUCACGGCGACCAAUCAGUUCAAAGUGCACGGACAGCUGCCUCUCCACGGCAUGAUCCUCAUAAUUCUGGACGCGCCGGUGGAGGAGAGCGAGCAGGAAUGGGCGGUGCCUCACUGCUUCACCAUCUACUCUGCACACAGGACCAUCGUGGUGGCGGCCAGCUCCAAAGUGGAGAUGAGCAAGUGGAUCGAGGAUCUCAACGCGGCCGUCGACUUGGCCAAGAAGUCCCAGGAGAAGUCCGGCGUCUUCCUGGAUGGGGGCCUCGCCGAGGACUCCAAUCGCUCUUCAGAUGAGGUUUCUCUGGAGCAGGAGUCCGAGGACGACAUGAACUCGUCGCGCACUUCCCUGGACAAACAGACGCACCACCGCGCCAACACCACCAUACACGUGUGCUGGCACCGCAACACCAGCGUGUCCAUGUCAGACCACAGCCUGGCUGUGGAGAACCAGCUGUCGGGCUACCUCCUGAGGAAGUUCAAGAACAGCAACGGGUGGCAAAAACUUUGGGUGGUUUUCACCAACUUCUGCUUGUUCUUCUACAAAACGCACCAGGACGACUUCCCGCUGGCGAGCCUGCCGCUUCUGGGCUACACGGUGAGCACGCCGGAGGAGGCGGACGCCAUCCAUAAGGAUUACGUCUUCAAGCUGCAGUUCAAGUCGCAUGUCUACUUUUUCCGGGCCGAGAGCGAGUACACGUUUGAGAGGUGGAUGGAGGUGAUCAAGAGCGCGGCCAGCGCCACGGGCCGCGUGAGCCUGCUGGUGCCCGCCAAAGGAGGAGAGGGAGGCGGCCCCCUCCCCGAGAUGAACGGACGCUGACACGUACGGGUCGGCUUCCGCGCGCCUCCCUCCAUUAACCACAUUAACUUUGAUUUCUGCGCGGAGGCUCUUUCAAGUUCGACUGGACCAACGUAGCAAGAAAGGCGAAGCAGGUUCUUGCGUUGAAGGAGCAGAGACGUGACGAAGACGACGAAUUACGAAGGUUCCGGAAAGUGCAAACGAGAGACUCGAGUGCGUCGGUGCUGCUGUUUGUGCUGGCCUGGAAUCGGUACCCGGUAUUUGUCAUUAACCAAGGCUGGUCCCUACGAAGGUGGUUGCUCUUGAAGAAAUCAGGUCUCGUAACAAGAAGCGAGGCCGUCUUUUCCAUCGUUCUAGUCGUCUAUUUAUUGUGUGGCGCGUGCGUGCGUGCAUGCGUGCGGUCUUCCCGUUGAUUUC